UUUUUUUAUUCGUCAAAUUGGUUUCUAGUUUUGUUCCAAGCAAUUUAUUAUAUAUUUUGAUAAAUUUCUUUACCAAAUUUCAAAGUCAAUUUUGAUAUUAAAAAUUUUUAGCGGUGCUUCGCUAUUUACAAAUUCAAAAAAUUCUACUCGUAUUUUCUCAUAUUUUUCUUUUAAAAAUGCGUGAAAUUGUGCACAUUCAGGCUGGCCAAUGCGGCAAUCAAAUUGGAGCUAAAUUUUGGGAAGUGAUAUCAGACGAGCAUUGUAUCGACUGCAAUGGUUGCUACUAUGGCGACAGUGACUUACAACUUGAGCGAAUAAAUGUCUACUACAAUGAAGCAGCUCAAGCAAAAUAUGUGCCGCGAGCUAUAUUAGUUGAUCUGGAACCGGGCACAAUGGAUUCAGUAAGAUCAAGUCCCUUUGGACAAAUAUAUCGACCAGACAAUUUUGUGUUUGGACAAUCAGGUGCUGGCAACAAUUGGGCGAAAGGCUUUUAUACUGAAGGUGCUGAACUUUUAGAAUCUGUGAUGGACAUCAUUAGAAAAGAAAUUGAAGGAUGUGAUUGUUUUCAGGGUUUCCAAUUUGUGCAUUCACUUGGAGGGGGUACUGGCUCUGGUUUAGGCACCCUCAUAAUGACAAGACUGCGAGAAGAAUACCCUGAUCGUGUCUUGUUAAGUUUUUCCAUUCUUCCAUCUCCAAAAGUCUCCGACACAGUUGUAGAGCCAUAUAAUUGCACACUGAGUAUGUCCCAAUUGAUUGACAACACUUAUGAAACGGUGUGCAUUGACAACGAGGCAUUAUAUGAUAUUUGCUAUCGUACACUAAAAUUAUGUGCUCCUACGUAUGGCGAUUUAAAUCACUUGGUUUCAGCUGCCAUGUCUGGUGUUACAACGUGUCUACGUUUUCCGGGUCAAUUAAAUGCGGAUUUAAGAAAGUUGGCUGUAAACAUGGUACCAUUUCCACGUUUACAUUUCUUUGUGCCAGGAUUUGUACCGCUUACUUCCCGCGGAUCUCAAUGCUAUAGAGCGCUAACAGUACCCGAGCUAACUCAUCAAAUGUUCGAUGCUAAGAAUAUGAUGGCUGCUUGUGAUCCUAGACAUGGUCGCUAUCUAACAGUCGCAGCUCUUUUCCGUGGGCGUAUGUCAAUGAAGGAAGUUGAUGAACAAAUGCUUAACAUACAAACUAAAAAUAGCGCUUAUUUCGCUGAAUGGAUUCCGCAUAAUUGUAAAACAGCAGUGUGUGAUAUACCACCACGUGGCCUUAAGAUGUCGGCCACAUUUUUAGGAAAUACGACUGCAAUUCAAGAGAUUCUCAGGCGAAUAACGGAACAGUUUUCAACAAUGUUUAGACGAAAGGCAUUCUUACAUUGGUAUACUGGCGAAGGUAUGGACGAAAUGGAAUUUGCUGAUGCCGAGCGAAACGUGAAUGAUGUCAUUAAUGAAUAUCAAAUGUAUCAAGAAGCUAAAGCCGAUGAAGAGGGAGAAGAAGAGGAAGAAGAUUAAUAACUUAAAUUCUCAAAAAAAUUCAGACGCAAUUAUUUGUACAAAAUUUUUUUUAAACUUUUGAAUGACUGGUGACAAUUAGUGAAAAUGUGAAAUUUAUUUUAUAGUAAAAA